AUGUCGACAACCGCUCUAGAAGCCCCUGGCACCACUGAUGGGACUAUCAAGAUAUCGAACACCUUUGAAAAGCCACAGCUGGUGCGACUUGACGCAAAUGAUGAGCUGACCACGCCGACGGCAAUAGUCGAGGGUAUCCGACGUGAUGGUGGCAUCAUAGUCAAAAAUCUCAUCAGCAAAGAUCUGGCGCUUCAGAUCAAAAAGGAACUCAAACCACAUUUUGACAACGACCGCAUCGAUCCGACGGGUUUCUUUCCCGAGACAACCAAAAGAGCCAGUGGAUUGGUGGCCAUUUCUCCUGGAUGCGUCGAAUACCUGACAACUCCGCUCCUGAUUGAGGUUGUGAAUGCACUUUUGACUUCAACCUAUACCUUUUGGCUCGGCAAAAAGCAGAGAACUGUGACAUCUAAGCCGCAGAUCUCUUCGACCACAGCCUUCAGAGUCAAUCCUGGCGGCAGGGCACAAGAGCUUCAUCGGGAUGAUGCAGAUUUACACACACGCAACAUCGACCACCCAGCCCUUCUUGGCUGCAUAGUGGCGAUCACGCAAAUCACCCAAGAGAAUGGAGCCACUCAGGUCAUUCCAAGAUCCCAUACCUGGGGUCCAGAGAGGGCGCCAGAGGUCUAUGAGGCCGUGCCUGCCGAAAUGGAGAUUGGCGAUGCUCUCCUGUUCCUGGGGAAUACCUACCAUGGCGGUGGUGCAAACACCACCAAGGACGAGGUGCGAGAGAACGUCGGCUUGUUCUUCACCAAAGGCUAUUACCGACAGUCCGAAAAUCAAUACCUCAUGGUUCCGCCAGAGCAAGCCAGGUCGCUGUCUACCCAAGUCAAAAGACUUCUCGGAUAUGGUAUCAGCCCUCCAGGAGUGGGCUUUUACCAUUAUCAAGAUCCAAUGAGAGUCUUGUAUGGAGUCGAGGAUGACGAGACGGUUGAUCUGUAG